CAAGCCCUUCCGGGUUGGUUUUUUCCAGACGAAAUUUUCUUGAUACCGCUGAGUAAAAUGGCGCUCCCCGCUGCACACCACCUAGGAGGGGCCCAAUUGCGGUCCCUAGAAAAGGUCCUAGAGGAUGCCCAUAUGACUGGAAUAUUGAAUAUAAGCGGGCGGAAUAUGAGGGAUUAUCCUAAGAGUGCAGACAACUUUGAUUUGAUGGAUACAGUGGACGUAGAUAUAUCAAAGAACCGAUUCAUGGAAGUUCCGUACGAACUCUGCGAGUACGUCUCCCUGGAGAGACUAAACUGCUACAAUAACGCUAUCAGGACGGUGCCUGACGCAUUCGCUAGGUUAACUAUGCUUACAUAUUUAAAUUUAAGUCGUAAUUCCUUGUCAGCUUUACCCAUAGAGAUCUGUGAGAUCUACCUAGAGGUCCUGAUAGUCAGCAAUAACAAGUUAGUAGCGUUGCCUCCCGCGGUGGGCAAGAUGAAGACGCUAAUGCAUCUGGAUGCCAGUUGCAACGAGUUAGACACAUUACCUAUGCAGAUAGGGGAGAUGGAAUCGCUAAAGGAGCUCAACCUCAGACGAAAUCACCUCAUGCAUUUACCAGAAGAAAUCAGCCGGCUGAAGUUAAUCAUGCUGGACGUCUCCUGUAAUAAAAUCUGUUUCAUCCCACCGUCGUACAGACACAUCAAGACGUUAGACGUCUUGAAAUUAGAGCACAAUCCGCUAGAGAUGCCACCAGCACAGGUCUGUACGAGGGGGAAAGUCCACAUCUUUAAGUAUCUGAACAAUGUGGCAACAAAAGAUGAGAAGAGGAGUCGCUUAGAGCAGAAUGAGAGACUGUCAAGACGGUCCUACAACAAUGCAAAAUACACAUGGCUAGCCACUAACGAAGCAGCUACGCGCUUUGGCUCCUCGCACAGCACACACAUCAACCAGCUGGACACCAGCCAAGCGGGGAACCAGUCGGUGGUUCUCAGUCCGUCCACACUCACCGCCCAGUAUUCAAAAGGGUCCGAAGGCUCUAAUGGCUCUCCUAGAAGCUCCACCCUCACCCCCCAGUCCUCCAUUGAUUCUGACUCCAGUCAUUCCACCCUGUGUAAUGGUGACCCUAGUGCCGUGGAAGACUUUGCCUUCUGGAACGCCAAGAUUGGGGAGUUAAGGCGGGGCGCACUGACGGCAGACUCGGGUUACAUCGACGGUGACAAGAGAUGGUCCGCCACAGAGCCGUCCAAUGACGAUGAGGAAGCCCGCAUUCUUGCCGACCGAGCCAAUCAGCAGAAGGAACACCGGCAGCAGCGUGAAGAGUUCCUGAACCAAUCCCUGGGCAGCAACAACACGUCGUCCUCGUCCUUUGGCACGGACGCCGCGGGCGAUAUUGAUUACAUCGACACGGGCGACGAUGGCAUGGAAGACGGCGAGAUCACGCCCACCCAGACGGAACCAGACGAGUUUACUAAGGCACUGACGAGACAAAAAGCCAUCUACGAGGAUCAGAAGUUGAAGGCAAAGGAGGAGCGAGUCCGGCAGCAACAAGAAGAGCAACGGUGGCAGCAGGAGGAGGAACGAUGGAAAGUGGAGAGGAGGCGGGAAGCAGAGCAAGACAGAUACCGGCGAUCGUCCCCAUCGGGAAGCCUGCUGUCAGUCCAAGCCAACGGGACCGUCAACAGCAGGGGCGCAGAAAGGAGCCAGAACCCUAGACCUCUAUCGUCCUCCUCAUUUAGUGAGAGUCUGCAGAGACCGACCACUUUGGAGAUCGCCCGGCAAAAGAGACAACAAAGGAGGGCUACAGUUACCCUAACAGACAAUAUCAGGUCCAGCAGUGUAGACAGAAAUUCCUACAAUAGGUCAUCGGCUGGUCAUGCCAGUAACCUCCCGAACGGUCGGCUACCUUCGUCCACCGAUGACAGCCACCGGCAGCUGAAGCGAAGCGACAAGGUGACGUCUUCGUCAUCGUCAGCGCUGUCCUCGUCACGUGACGGCGGGAUAUCGCAGAGCCGACACGAAGCCCAGCUGGCCAGGAGGCGGCAGGAGGAAGAGAAAGCAAGGAAUAAGCAGAUACAGAAGGACGCACUCAGGAACUUUGUGCAGAGUCGGAAUUCCACAUCAUCACUUCACUCGCCCGGCCAUGAAGAGAAGGAUUUCCAGAUGGAACUGAGCCCAGGCAGUGCAAAGUCACCCCCACCACCCCCUGCCACUUAUAGUGCAUCGGCCUUUGGCAGUAUCAAGCCAAGAUCUGCCUUCAGCAUAGGCGGUGGUAAACCACAGGGAGAGGUGCAGCCCAACUUCACGGUCAAGCGAGAGAUGACCAAAUAUCGGGAGGAGAUGGAUCGGAUCGAGCAGCUCAGAAAGUUGAAACCCAAUUGGAUGAGCAGUUACCGGUCGGUGUCGGAUAUAAACACAAUAGAUCAAAUGCGCAAGUGCAUUGAGGCCAGGUUAAAGGUCAACCUGCCUGAUGACAUCCCGGGGGCGUUGGAGGAUGGUGUCGUGCUGUGCCAUUUCAUGAAUAAUGUGUUCCCCCACGCUGUGCCUACCAUCCAUGUACCGUCACCUGCUGUGCCUAAACUGUCGUCAGCAAAAUGUCGGAGGAAUGUUGAGAAUUUCCUGAAGGCUUGCGCUACUUCAGGAGUCCCAGUGGAGAAGUUGUGUACGUCAGGUGAUAUCCUGGAAGGCAAGGGACUAGUCAAAGUAGCAGGCACAGUACAGUCCCUACUCACCAAUAACCCACAACACAAAUUGUCAUCCGCUGUAUGAUCCUUGUCAAGACACUUCUUUUUUUUUUAAAGAAAAUCAUCUGAAGUUGUGCCAAGUUUAUUUCAAAUUUUCUCCAUUAAUUUUUAAAGUAACUACGCUGCACAUUUACCUGAUAGUUGGAUUUUUCUCCGUCAAAACAAAUCUUGUUACUCACAGGCUAGACUUUUCAGGGUUUGCCAACCUUCACAAUUUUUUUUUUUUUUUCGAAAUUGCAUAUAAGGAGUUUUGAACUUGAUUAUAUGGCAGCUAUACAGAAAACCCAGAGUGUUGUUUCCAAAAGGAAGAUUUCGGCCUUUGACAAAUUGCUCCUGAAAGCCAUAUUUUAUAAAUCUGCAUUUUUUGUGUGGUUAUUCCAAACCUUUUGCAGAUUCUGGAAAAAGGUGGAAAUCCCUUUGCCAGUAAUGUUGGUAUCUGUCUUUGGUUGAAAUUUCGUACUCUGAGAUUAAUCUUAUGUUUUUGCGUGUAUAAUUUCCCAAUUGUUUGUUUGUGUUAUUAAUUUCAAUUCUGGGACCAGUAACAAGUUUGAAAACUUAUGCAGCCACUACAACAUUCUGUAUUUUUUGUCCCAUUUUCUCACGAAGCAAUUGAAAUGUUCUUCUCCAAGUAUAUAUUAUGCAAUGAUGAAUCAAAUUAUGAAUUUACUGGCAAAAUUUGUUUGCAAAAUUAACAGAGCUCAAUUUUUAAACUAUUUUUAUCCAUUUUUUUCUUGAGACUUGGUUGAUAAUUGUCACCGAAAUCUCCAAAUGUAUUUGGACAGUUUAUCUUCAAGAUAUGUGUUAUUUUUUCUCAUUUGUGGCUUUGUCUGAACUUAUUUAUUUUGGUUUUUAUUUCCCGGGGGAAGAUUUUAAAUUUUUGUUUGAUGUUCUCUGAAAAUCUGAGGUUCUUAUUUGUAAAGUGUACAUAUUUUACAAACCUUGUACAAUGUAGCACGAUAAUAUUUUGUUUUUGUUUAUAGGUGCUGUAAGGGCAUAUUUAUACCUGUAUAUGCUGUACUUGUUUUCCCCUGUGAUGUAUAUAUAUCAUGUAUAUCACACACAUACGAGCAUAUUAUCUGCAUUUUUGUUAAUUUCAUCCCGUGGUUGUACAAAAGAUAAAGAUAUGUAAAUGUUUGUAAAUAUGGUUUUCAUACUAAAAAACACGAGCCUUAAAUAAGUGUGUGCACACUUUCAAUUUGUGUUUGGUGUCUCACGUCAACUGCAAUUACUCAAAGUCGUCUUGUGGCAGCAUUUCAAGGGUUGUAAACCUGUAAUUGUUAUGUAAAUUAGGUGCCUGAUUGUGGGCGGAGUCAUCACUGCCAAUAUCCAUAAAAUGUGCUCACACUCAUUUUGAAUAUUUGCAUAUUGACCUUGAAUAUACAUGUAUGCAUAAAUUACUUAUUUUCAUUAGCAUCCUGUUACUUGUUUUAUUUAUAAAUAUUAAUUUGACUCAUACAAACCUUGUCGAUUGCAAUGGAACAUUGUAAGACUAAAGUAACCUUUGACCCCUCAUUGUAUCAACUUAUCAUUUGUUUUUUGCUCAAAGAAGCAACUUUUUUGGUUUUUCUAUUCAAUAUUUUUUUUUGCAUAUCAGAGGCUGAAAGUGACAAUGAGACGAGAAAACACGCCCAAUUCGAAAUUUGAGCACUAAUAAAUUCUGGGAGCACACAAUCUAACGACAAGAUAGAAUCAUGAAGACCAAAACAACUGCAGGAAAAAUCAACAUGGACUUUCUCUUUUUGAGGACAUAGUAUUGCAUGAUUUAUUAAUUAACCAAAAAAAGUUCACUAUUUCUGGAUCAAUGAAAAAUUGUGUCUUUUUCACAGGAUUUUUGUUAUUUCUUUGCAGUAAAUCAUUAAAUUGAUAAAAGAUAAUCCUGUGAAAUAACGUUUUGAGAUCGAAAUAGCGAAGGGGAAAAAAGAAUAAAAAUCUCAGAAGAAAUACUAAGAAAUUGUCGCAGCAUGUAAACAAGAGAUUUCCAUCAGAUGUAUACAAAUUGUAAUCAUGUUGUGUAAAUAUCUUUAUUUAUUAAACUUACAAGAAAAAAAUGUCCACAAUUUCAUACCAAGGCUCAUAUAAAUUGUCCCACUCAUGAAAAACCAAAUUAGGUCUUUUACAAGGACAAUAAUGCAUAUUUUUUAAUCAAUUUCUCAUCAUGCAUAGCUCACAGUCCAUAGAUGAAACUGGACAAAGGAAGACCAACAUUUAGCGAAGUGUGGACAUGGACUGAAGUUUUGUAUAAUGCAUGAAAGUGCCCCAUAAAAUACAAACUUUUUUUUAUGAUGGCCUUGUUUUGGAUGCAAAAAUAGUAAAAGUAAUCUUUCGGUGAUAAUAUCUGUAUUCUGUAAGAAUUAAAUACCGGGAACUGGUCGAAUUUGAAAAACAACUUUAGGUCGUCUGGAUAAUAUUACAAAUCAUAAUGAGGAGUAAGCAUGUCUUUUUUUUAAUUUGUCAUCAUUAUUUAUUAUCUUAUAAUGCUCGUUUUUGUACAUUGUACAUUUGCAAACCAUAUGAAUGUAUUUGGCUGAAAGAUGCCAGUUGGGCCUUGUAUUGGAGGUAAGAAUGGAGUUGUAAAUGAUGUAUUGAAAAGUCAGAUCAGUAAAUGUGUGGGGCUGCCGGCAAUCACACACACACCUGGAGAAA